CCCCACCGGGCACUUCGGACGACCCCUCCACCCCUCUUCGUAACUGGUGAUAAAGAAGUGGACAUGCCGUUCAUUCUCGGCGUGAAUAGGCGCGGUCCUCGAGUGGGAGGCGCGCACUCGAUCCGAUCCAACUUUUCACGCAACGGCCACCCCCCAGUCUCUUAGUGAACAUGGCCUUCCCGGACUCUGAUCUGGCAACCCUGCCACUUCCCCACUACCUGAAGUGGCCGUUGAUAGGCAUUACCUUUGGCGUCCUCCUCGCAACCUCAUACGCCCUCUACAACCUCCUCCUGCACCCCCUCCGCACCGUCCCAGGCCCCAAGCUCUGGGCCGCCACCCAGAUCCCCUACACCCUCGGCUGGCUCUCCGGGCGCCUCCCCUUCGCCAUCCACGAGCUGCACGAGCGGUACGGCGACGUGGUGCGGGUCGGCCCCAACCGCCUCUCCUUCACCCACCCGGACGCCUUCCCCGCCGUGCGCGGCCACCGCAAGAGCGGCCAGGGCGAGCACGGCAAGGAGCCGGCCUUCUACGGCAUCUCGCGCCAGAACAUCCUGGGCGCCUCCCGCGCUGAUCAUGCGCGCUACCGCCGGAUUCUCUCGCACGGGUUCUCGGCCAAGAGCAUGCAGGACCAGCAGCCGCUGAUUAUGCGCUAUGUGGAGCUGUUGAUGCGCAGGCUGAGAGAGAAAACGCGAGGGGAGGGCGGGGUGCCGCGGGAGGCGGUGGUGGAUCUGGCGGCGUGGUUCAAUUUUGCCACGUUUGAUGUGAUCGGCGACCUCGCGUUUGGAGAGCCGUUUGGGUGUCUGGAGGAAUCCAGCUAUCAUCCAUGGGUGGGGCUUAUUCUGGAAGGUGUAGCACAGUUUGGGAUGAUGACUGCCAUUAAUUGGUACUUUCCAGGCCUGUUGGGGUUCGUCAAGAGCUUCACUCCCGGGCGGUAUAUCGGUGUCCACAUAGACAUGCAGGCCCAGUACGCGCGGAAGCGGAUCACGGACAGACUGGCGCUGGACACGGACCGGGCAGAUUUCGUCCAGGCUAUGACGGCCGCCAAGUCGGAGGAUGGCACGAUCCUGAGCAUGGAAGAGAUGACAUCCAAUGCGAGGAUGUUGGUGCUCGCUGGGAGUGAGACCACAGCCACGGCGCUUUCUGGGGCGGUCUACUUCUUGGCAACGCACCCCGAGGUGCAGAGGCGGUUGGCGGAAGAGGUUCGGUCGAGCUUCGCCACGGAAGAGGAAAUAGACCUCCUCGCUGUCAACAACGCGAAGCUGAAAUACAUGCUGGCCGUCUUGGACGAAUCGAUGAGGAUGUUCCCGCCCGUGCCGAACUCGCUCCCGAGGGUGUGCACGGGAGGGGAUGUGAUCUGCGGUUACCAGGUCCCUGAGGGCACAGGGCUUGACCUCGUGCCCUGGGCCAUGAGCUACAGCCAUAGGAACUUUACCAAACCCAACGAAUUUCUCCCUGAGCGAUGGCUAGAGGAAGACGGGCGUAUACGGCAACAGUUCGACAAACGGAGACACAGCGCUUUCCAACCAUUUUCGGUCGGGCCACGCAACUGCAUCGGAAAAAACUUGGCUUACGUUGAAAUGAGGGUCAUCUUGGCCAGGUUGAUCUGGAACUACGACCUUGUUCUUGGAGAUGAGAUGUCAGAACGGUUCCUUGACUGCAAAUGCUUUAAUCUUUGGAUGAAAAAGCCCUUGAACGUCCGCUUAACGCCGGCGAGGGGAUAAUCUCCCCUUGUGGUCCCUUCUUGUCUGGAGACACAAUUCAAAGUCGUGCAGGGAGAAUACGAUCGUUUGACUUUAGUGCCAGGGGUGUCGACUCCCGGGCUGUACCCCGUCGAAGAUGGCGACUCCAUAAAGUCUGACUGGGAGAGUCACUAACACCAACACCAUCCACCCAGUUACCUAGGCCCAAGUUGACGAGGCGGCCAA